CAAAUGAAAAAGUAAACAGCACCUUGAUACAAUCGUCCUCCGAGCUUGAUUCAAAUUAACUUAACUUCUGGUUUUUGUCAGUAAGAUUGGCAAGAAACACCUGAAAGAGUUGCUCUGGAUAAUUUCUGCUAGAUCCUUAAAAAAGGUAUAAAAAGUUGAUUGGGUUCUCUCUUCAGUGAAUAACGAAUGAGCAAGGAAGAGAUUCAGAUGGCGAUGAACAAGACCAAAGAGAUCGUCUCCUCUCACCCGGUCGUCGUCUUCAGCAAGACUUACUGUCGUUAUUGCCAGAGGGUGAAGCAGCUGCUAACACAACUUGGAGCAAGUUUUAAAGUAUUUGAGCUCGAUGAGAUCAGCCAUGGAAGUGAGAUCCAAUCAGCUUUGUCAGAGUGGACUGGCCAGAGUACUGUUCCAAGCGUCUUUAUCAAAGGAAAACAUAUCGGUGGAAGCGAUAUUCAUUUGUGGUUGCAUUGUUUUUGCAGAAGUUAUGGAGACUUACAAGCAAGACAAGCUUGUGCCUCUCCUUACUGAAGCUGGUGCUCUUGCCAAUAUCCCUUCCAAGCUUUGAUGUAACGCUGAAACCGUUGUCUCAGGACUUCUCAUUGCUAUGUUUUAGAUCAUGAAAAUGUAUUGUCAAUUAACACAAAUAAAAGAAUUAUCCUUUCUCUUUGUUAACAGAUUAAUGGAAUAAAGAUUUGAGUAAACUGUUCUACUC